ACAGGUAGAUGAGCCGGCUCCAGUGGGGAAUUAUGAUCAGUGUAAGAGGGAAGAAGAGAAACAUUUGUUGACUUUAUGUGAGCGUCUACAGUCUCUAGCUCUUCAGCUGCAGCCUCAUGAUGAAAUGGCCGGCUCAUCUCAGACAGAACAGGAGAGCGAGGAGGAAAAUACUGAUGAACAAGAUGAGAACUCUGAGGAUGAAGAUGCUGACGAAGAAGAACAGGAUGAUAACAUGAAAGUCGUACACACGCAUUAAACUGUGUUUAGAUAAUUAAUGGAAGAAUUACAUCUGUAAAUGUAUUUUAACCGUGCGUCUUCAGAUGGCUUCUCUGCAGGAUAGUGAGAGAGAGAAUGAGGAUGAGCGGGAGAGUGAAGAAGAAGAAGUCUGACAUAAAGUCCAAGUGAUAUUUCCUCUCUCUCCACUAGAUAGCAGCAUUGUUUUCACAUUUUGUUGUUUUGUGCAUGUCUGUGCUUUUAUAUUAAUGAAAAAGCAGUGAAUAUAGCUCACAAUUUCAGUCAUUUCUGAAACUGAAAUAAAUUAAACAGUGUAAGUUAAUAUGCAGCCUUUGUUAAAGAAAAUGAUUUAAUACUGUCUCUUUUUCAACUAGCAAAACAUCUAAAUUGGAACACAGUGCGGAAGGCUUUUGCUGAGAUAGAUGCUACUGAUGUGCUUUCAGAAAUGGGUGCCAUCCCACCAGGCUUCAGACCCUCCACUCUCUCCAGACUCCUAGAGGAAGCAGGGAGAUCUUAUAGAGCAAGUCACUUCAUUCAGCCCAAGCUUAGCCAAUCACAACUCUCCUUUAAAGAUCUUCAUAUGGAACCAGACACAGGCAAGGUUCACGGACGCCCAUCUAGAGUGAGUUUAACCCUGACCCUGUGGAGUUGUCGAAUGAUCCCACCCCCCGGGGUUGGGUUACAGGUGCUCAGCAGGCACGUUCGGCUCUGUGCAUUUAAUGGAUCCCAGGUUUUGAGUAACAUUCACACAGUCAGAGUCACUUACAUCUCCAAGAUCCCAAAGACCUGGAGCUUUUCUCCACGGAUGACUGGGAUGCUGCCCUGUCUACUAGAUGGAGACUGUUUCCUGCGUUGUGAUUCUGAAUCUCCUGAUCUUGGAAUUCUGUUUGAAUUGGGUGUGACCUACAUAAGAAAUUCCACAGGGGAGAGAGGAGACCUCAGCUGUGGCUGGGCUUUCCUUAAAUUAUUUGAUGAAAGUGGAGCCCCCAUUGCUCUACGGACACAAGAGCUCACUAUCCAUGGUGGCACACGAUUUGAAAAAGACACUGAUAUGGAUACUACAUCUACCAAAAAAGGAUAUCCUACUGGUGUGUUUCAGCAGGUUUUGCUGUCCAGGAGGAUCACUAAACUUGUUGUUAAGCACAAAUCAGUAAACACACGCAGCAGAGAGCUUCUGAAUCUUUUGCCAGACACUGUAGUAGGAAGAUUGUCCACAUUACAUCUCCUGGCAACAUACAGGCAAAUACUUGCUGAUGCUCUUUUAUUGGACAGAAUCACCAUGUAUAAUGCAGAUCUGAUCUGCAGCUCGGUUCUAGCCUCCUUCCCUGAUUUUCUAGAUCAGGCAGACCUGAUGGAUGCAUUUAGGAAAUCAUGGACCGAAUCAGAGAAUAACCUGAGAAGAUCUGAAAAGAGGGAUAUUAACGUGUUAAAGCAGAUGUUUGUAAGCGUUUUUAUGGGCAGCGUGUAUCUAUUGUUAUACUCUGUGGAGAUGCCUGCUCCCUGCUGGGCAGAUGAGGAAGUGGAAUCUCAACGUGCUCGUUUUAUCUACAGCCCUUCCCAAAAAACCUCAGUGCAAACUCUGCUGUCCUCUCAAUGUUCACAUCAAGCCUUUGACAUGGCACAGGUCACCUAUGACCUCAUCAACAGUGCCCAGCUCUGAGUCUAGAGACUGACUAAUCACAUGGUCCUUCAAAAGUGUCCAAAUAGCAAAAUGUUUGAUUGUAUUUUUUAGUCUUUUUAAAAUGUGUAUUUAGAUAUUAAACAUAUAAAUAAAACUGUGUAAACUCUCAUACCCAGCCCAGAAAGCGUAUUCACAGCUAUGUUUAUGGGGAAAUCGUGCCAUACUAUACUUACAGUAUUUGUGCGUGUGAUUGUUUUCCUUUUCCAUAUAUUUGUAAAGCAUCCCAUGACCGCCCGUCCCUUAAAUAAUGGUCUAUUUUUAAGCACCACACCUCCUAAAUACAACUCCUCCCUCUUUCUUUCUCAUUUUUUUCUCACACAAACGCAUAACUACAUGGUUUAAGUACACACCUCUUUGUCUUUAACACAAGCCUCUUAUUUGAACAUAUUCCACUCCUUUAAAACAAGUCGUACACUUAAAAACCUGUUCCCAUUCUUUCGUGUCUGACACACCGCCUCGCCCAGCCAUCCUGAGGUGUGGUGUCAGAUGCUUAUAAAGAUGGAGAUAUGAAUCAGCAUUAAUUGUUCUGAAGAAAAACCUACCAUAUAUCUCUUAUGGAAAGAGGUGUGAUAACAUGCCAACUGAAUGUUUAAUCUUCUUACACUGUAUUAUAUACUGUAAGUUAUCUAAAGAAUCAGAUAUGCUGCUGAAAAAUGCUACAUUAGCAACUUUUAGUUACUCCUUGAGACCAUCUGUAUUGUUUUGUUGUGUUGGCAUGCUUCUGAUAUGAAGACUAGAAAAACUUAAGUAACUUAAUUAUGCUGACUUAUAAGAUUUUUAUUUAUUUUUUUGGUCAAAUUCUAAAGCUGCAUCACAUUGUUUUGUGAAGAAGGCAAUCUGAGAAAGCACUGCAACGAGCUCUGAAAAAAAAAACACAUUAAAGAUGGCAGAUGGGGCCAUCAUCUUGAAGAGAAAUGUGUGAUAUUUGUUCAGUACUGCCAAGUAUUGAUAAAAAAUGGUUCAGUGUAAUUAAAACUUGAGUAUUUUAC